ACAUGGCCGCCGUGCAGCUGCUGCGGGUGUCGGUACAUGAGCGAAUCAGCGCUGCCGCUGAAGACGUCCUGCUGCAGGUGGAGAAAGGAGAAGGAAAGGCUCAAGUCCCGGAGCUGAGAGCGAUGCUAACCGAGCGGCUAAUGGCGACUGGGGAGGAGAUCCUCGCGGUCUUUGAGGAAACCGUGGCAGAGUACGAGGACAGACACGAGGACCGAGUGGAGCAGUCCCAGCUGGAGAUCUGCCGCCAGAGGAGGCUGCUCGAUGCCGCGAUGCAGCCCGUAGUCCGGCUGCACAGAGCAGGGUGUCCUGCAGACGUCCAGCAACUGAUGGUGAUUAAAGAAGAGGUUCCUCCUGAGCAGCAGCAGUGGAGCCCCCUUGUGGACCAGGAGGACCCAGAGCCCCCCCAUAUUAAAGAGGAACAGGAGGAACCGUGGACCAAUCAGGAUGGACAGCAGCUUCAAGGACUGGAGGAGGCUGAUAUCAAGUUCACAUUGACUCCUGUCGCUGUGAAGAGUGAAGAAUGUGAAGAGAAACUUAAAUCGUCAAACCUUCAUCUGAGGGAGACGAAGGAGAACAGAGGGAACCUAAGGGGCAAUCUAAAGAAAGGUAACUCAUUGAGUUGCUCUGAUUGUGGUAAAAGAUUUAACCAAAAGAGAAAUCUAAAUACACAUAUGAGGCGUCAUACAGGAGAGAAGCCGUUUAGUUGUUCUGAGUGUGGUGAAAGAUUUUACCAAAAGGGCAAUCUGAAAUCACAUAUGAGGCGUCAUACAGGAGAGAAGCCAAUUAGUUGCUCUGAAUGUGGUAAAAGAUUUGACCACAGGGGCAAUCUAAAUUAUCACAUGAGGCGUCAUACAGGAGAGAAGCCAUUUAGUUGCCCUGAGUGUGGUAAAAGAUUUACCGGAAAGGGCAAUCUAAAUAAACAUAUGAGGCUUCAUACAGGAGAGAAGCCAUUUAGUUGCUCUGAGUGUGGUAGCAGAUUUACCGAAAGGGACACUCUAAAUAAUCAUAUGAGGCUUCAUACAGGAGAGAAGCCAUUUAGUUGCUCUGAGUGUGGUAAAGGAUUUAACCAAAGGAGCAAUCUAAAUACACAUAUGAGGAGUCAUACAGGAGAGAAGCCGUUUAGUUGCUCUGAGUGUGGUAAAAGAUUUACUGCAAGGGGCAGUCUAAAAAAACACAUGAGGAGUCAUUAGGCUUGAAAAAUUCAGGGAAUAUUCAAAGUUGGAAACUUUCCAUGGGAGUUAAUGGGUAUAAACUGGAAAUUGUGGGUAAUUUACACUUACUGUAUUUACCUUGUCAUACACAGACAUAAAUAUAAACAUUUUGUUUUGUCAUAAGCUGAUUUGAGCCCUGAGGAAACUUUGGGCACUUGACUAUAUGCUUCUGCAUCUUUGUGGCAUUCUUAACAUAGGUCUUUGCUCAGUAUUUGCAAAGGUACACAGUCUUUCCUUCUACAUUGGCUAGGGUGAAAUGUCUCCACAUAUGAGAAGGUGCACGUGGCAUUGUUCUGUAGAAAAAGAUGAUAAAAAAGCUUGUACAAAACACUAAUGCAAUGCCAGAGAUAUAAAUAGUUAGCUAAAGAAUUAUCUGUGCAUGUGAUGGAGAUAUGCACAGUGCACGGUUCAAAUUCAACAUGCAGCGUGUGCUGCAUUCCAUACAUCUUUAAAAUAGAGUUUACAAUGACGUUUCUAUUGGUCAGCGUUUAAUUUGCGGUAACUUCUUUUUUUUUAAAUUCUCAAAAUUCCCGAGCCAUGGAAGGUUUCCGGAAAGUUUCCACCCCUUUGCAACCCUAGGAGUCAUACAGGAGAGAAAUCGUUUAGUUGCUCUGACUGGUAAAAGAUUUAAGAUUCAGUCCUAUUGUAUGAGACGUAAGGAUUCAUAAAGUAGAGAAAUGAUUCAGUUGCAACCUUUUGUAACAAAAGAUUUUUUAGAAUUUAUCUGCAGAUAUUCAUAUUAUACAUAUUCAUAGUUCACUGUUUUAAAAAGACUAUUACCAGUUUGUAAGUCCCUAGAAAAUAUAACUAAUUUAAUGACACGAAAGAUUUGUGUUUAUAUAUCUUGUUUCUACUGAUCUCUACAUAACUUAUCUAUUUUUCAUAAUGUCCUUCAUGUCAUUUUUAGGUUAAAGUGUGUUCCUUGCA